AUGAAUAAAUUAAAUUUAUUAAUAUCAACGUUGACAGUAUUGUUAUUUAUUAUUGUUGGAUUAACAGAAUCCAAAGUGAUUAGUGGAAAUCACUAUAGAUCACAGUCAAAUUGGAACUUUAUCGAUAAGUUUGCAAUGACCCUAGACAGUCAUGUCACGAUUGAUAUUGAAUUUGUAAAGGGUGAUAUGUCAUCAGUUCUAUUGUACAGUGACAAGCACUGGGACUAUAUCAUCAAGAAUGAUCAAUUGACAUGUCAAGAAUUAGAGUCGAUGGCCGAAGCCAAGAUAGACAAUGGAUCACCAUACAAUGAAAACUAUCCCAUUCCAAUCUACCAACAACGCGCUCGUUAUUGGUACGUUGUCUUUUCCAACUGUAUCGCACCCGCUGACAAGAUGGACCGUACCCACUUGGGUAAAUACUCGAUUACCAUGGAGAACCGUGGUGACAAGUUGAAUCGUGUCAUUUCAGCCGACGAGCAGUUUACUCCCCACAUGUCCAUUAUCGCACUCAUCGUUUUGUUUGCUGUUUUCAUCGUAUCGGUUCAUUCCAUCUCUGUCCAAACCAAUCUAGGAUACCGCUCAGAAGUAAUGAAACUAUUUACAUCUGCCGUUGUCUUGAAAAUGGUUUCAUUACUCAUUUUAAUCGGGUAUUAUGCCGAAUACUAUGCACAAGAUACUAAUCUUGAUAACCUUAAACUUGCAUCCAACUGUGUCGAUAUAUUUGCACGUUCCGUCUUUGGUCUCGUCCUCUUGUUGUUGUCACAAGGUUUCAACGUGUCGACCAUGUCACCAUCCCUCUUCCCACGUGUCCUUACAUCAGCCUUUUUCCUUGUGUACCUUGUCUACAGUCUUGCCGCCUCCAUCUUUUACGACUGUCUCGCCAAACUCUACCGUGUACAACAUUACUACAUUGACACUGCCAUUGGAUACCCAAUCCUUGGAGUAGUAGGUUGCAUGUUUAUCUACUUUAUCUUCUCCACCUUCCACACUCGUUCCCAACAACUAGAUGCCACCCGUCGCAAACUUCUCUGCAUGGUCGGCUGCAUCUUCUCUCUCUGGUUCUUCUGCUACCCAGCCGCCACCAUCAUCUCGCACUUUGUUGCCGACACUGUCCGUUUCCGUUCGGUCACUUGUUUCAACCAAAUCACAGAGACCCUCUUUUACAUGAUAUUCUCUGGUCUCUUUGUUGGUUGCUCAUCAAACAAAUUCAUUCAUAUCUUUAAUCCAAUUUCAACUCAUACCAAUGAUAAAUUAAAAACUUUGGAUAUCUAA